GGAUGAGAUCCCUGAAACACCUCAAACAUCACACCAGGAACAAUGUGGAGGAGGAGAGUGGCCGUCUGGUGCGGUGCUACCCCAAGGUGAUGGAAGGCCAGGUGGAUGCAGGAACACAGACAGAUCCCGUGGUGGUGCUGUCUCUAGCCCAGGCUGCUGUCCUGGGCCUCAUCUCCCAGAAUGAGAUCUUUGGAGCCACCAUUGCCCCCAAUGGCUUCUACAUGGGCGAGCCCAGGGAGUAUGGCAGGACCCCUCCUCCUCCAGAGGGCAUGGAGUAUGAGUACGCUGACCAGCUGAUUGGGGCCAACGGAGACUACCUGGCUGAGCCUGUAGGGGGGUCAGAGCCCCACAGGAAUGAGAGGAGGCGCCCCGGGCCCAGAGGGAGAACCAGGGGGCCCAGAAAUGAAGGGGGAGCGGCAGGGGAGCCUCACAAAGUCCCCAGCGUACAGACUCAGGUCAAAGGGGAGAGGGGAGAGUCUGAAACCCCUCCGUCCUGCAUCCACAUGGCGAAGAGCCCUAGCAGCCCAGGCAAGAUGGAGGAGCCAGCCACUCACAGAGGGCCUCUGAAGAAGGAGCAGAGCUGUGGUAACUGUGCUGUGUGUGUGAGAGAGACGUCCAGUCAGACCAAGACAGACACUCGGCCAGAGGAGAGGAGAGGGAGAGGAGGAGAGGGGCAAGAAGAGGAGUUAGCUGAGGACGGAGUGUUGAACCUCAAGACAGGAGGAGAUAGGGGAGACAGUCCCAAUCCCAUCAUGAACCACUACUUUGAGUCCAGCGAGGUGGCCUAUGAGUCUGCUGACGUGGCCGUGGGGGACUAUGACGAGAGCAGCCAGGGCAUGCUGUGGGCUGCAGACGCUGAGGGGAUAGCCAGGCGCAUGCAGAUCGACCGGCUGGACAUCAACGUCCAGAUAGAUGAGUCCUACUGCGUGGAUGUGGGAGAGGGCCUGAAGAGAUGGAAGUGCCGCAUGUGUGAGAAGUCGUACACCUCCAAGUACAACCUGGUCACCCACAUCCUGGGCCACAACGGCAUCAAGCCCCAUGAGUGCCUGCACUGUGGCAAGCUGUUCAAGCAGCCCAGCCACCUCCAGACCCACCUGCUCACCCACCAGGGCACCCGGCCACACAAGUGCACCGUGUGUAAGAAGGCCUUCACCCAGACCAGCCACCUGAAGAGGCACAUGCUGCAGCACUCCGACAUCAAGCCUUACAGCUGCCGCUUCUGUGGCCGAGGCUUCGCCUACCCCAGCGAGCUCCGGUCCCACGAGAACAAGCACGAGAACGGCCACUGCCACUUGUGUUCCCAGUGUGGUAUGGAGUUCCCCACCCACGCCCACCUGAAGCGCCACCAGACCAGCCACCAGGGCCCCACCACUUACCAGUGCACCGAGUGCAACAAGUCCUUUGCCUACCGCAGCCAGCUGCAGAACCACCUCAUGAAGCACCAGAACGUAAGGCCCUACGUCUGCCCAGAGUGUGGCAUGGAGUUUGUCCAGAUCCAUCACCUCAAGCAGCAUGCCCUCACUCAUAAGGUACUAAUACCGCAAGCCCUCACCGACCAGGGUAUGAAGGAAUUCAAAUGUGAGGUGUGUGCCCGGGAGUUCACCCUCUCUGCUAACCUCAAGAGACACAUGCUGAUCCACGCCAGCAUCAGGCCCUUCCAGUGUCACGUCUGCUUCAAGACCUUCAUCCAGAAACAGACCCUCAAAACACACAUGAUCGUCCACCUGCCUGUCAAGCCUUUCAAGUGCAAGGUGUGUGGCAAAUCUUUCAACAGAAUGUACAACCUCCUGGGCCACAUGCACCUCCACGCUGGCAGCAAGCCCUUCAAGUGUCCUUACUGCUCCAGCAAGUUCAACCUGAAGGGCAAUCUGAGCCGACACAUGAAGGUCAAACACGGCAUCCUGGAUGCUUCACCAGAUGGACAAGAAGCCCCCCCUGACAUAGAGAACCAGGAGGACUACGAUGAAGAGAACCUUGAAUUCAGCGAACGAGAGAACCUGGCCAGUAUCAACACACCAGACAUCGCUAAACUGUCUGAAUUGGAGUAUUAUAGCAGCUACACCAAGGGUGCAGGGCGCUACAACACAGCAUGAAUGAUGACAAAAGACCCCAUAUUGAGUAGAAGUGUAAACUAAUAAAGGGAGGUAGUGCCGCUAGCAGUUUGAAGUGGUGGAAUCUGCCCAUUCAUAUGCACUGGAAUCUCGGUUUUCUUGCUGAUAUUCAUUGGGAGUGAGAGACAGGUAAUUUGGGAUUGUACAUUUCUCAUCGGCACCUUGUUUUGUAUUGAAACGUGACUUCACCUCUAGGUGCCACAACAUUGUGAUUGAUGUGUUCAUGUGAAAAAGGUCAUAUCUGAAAAUAAAUAAUCUAACCUCCUGGGAGAGUCCUACUCAACAUACAUCCCAGAGGUCUGGGGAUGUCUGUAAGCACACUUUUUAGGGAAACAAAUGUGAUAGUGAAAUGCACUUACACAAGACAAUCCCUAGCAAGUGUGUGGAUAAGUCAGAAUACAGCUGAGUAUUAUUGCUUUUACUAACAUGUAUAGAAAUGCAUACAGGCCAGUCAAAUGUGUCCUCUGUUCAUGUCCCUUACCAAAGCUGAUACCAUUCAAGCAGUUCAUGUGAACCAAACAUUCUUUUUUUUUUUUUUACUUCCCGGGUUAACAUUUUUAUACUGCGAGUAGUUUCAACUAGUUCUAGGAUUUUCAUUUCAUUGUUAUUUGCAAUGUGCAUAAAUAAAUCAUUCGCCCAGUG